AUGAAGAGCCUGCUCCUUACCGUCCUGCUGCUGGGUCUGGUGGCUGUCCUGAAGGCUCAGGAUGUCCCAUUAGAUGACCAGGAGGAUUUCUCUGGGUUCUGGCAUGCAAAGGCCAUGGUACACAAUGGGAGCCUACCCAAUCACAAGAUACCCACUAGGGUUUUCCCUGUGAGAGUGACAUCCCUGGAAGAAGGGGACUUGGAGGUCACAAUUACCUUCUGGAAGAAGCAUCAUUGCCAUGAGUUUAAAUUAAUUCUGAAGAAAACAGAAGAGCCUGGCAAAUACACCACCUUUCACGACAAGAGGGUUGUUCAUAUUGAACAGACGUCGGUGAAGGACCACUACAUUUUCUACUGUGAAGACCCGAACAACGGGAAGUUUGGCAUGGGAAAGCUCAUGGGGAGAGACUCUGAGGAAAACCCAGAGGCUAUGGAAGAAUUUGUGAAAUUCAUACACCGCAUGGGACUCCGAGAGGAAAACAUGUUUGUGCCAGAGAACAGAGAUGAGUGUGUUGAUGACAGUGACUAG